ACAUCACAGCAUCUUCUUACUCAGUUUAAUAAUUGUUCUUGGCACAAACGAUCCCUUCCUACACCUUUUUGCUAGGUAGAGGCAUGCAAUCAUGUUGUCCUAAGGGCAUUAAUUAACGGACAGCAACAACAGACCGGGCUUUUCCUUAAGACAGCCUGAUGAUACAGCUUCAUCAUUUUUUUUCCCUCCAGUUCUUACAACCCUGUUCAGUUUGCCCCUGAUUACCACAUUGAGAUAUUGGAUAUAAGGACACUUUCAAUCAAGCUAACAAACUCUUUCCAAAAACAUUGUGGCUAACGCCAAAGCCUCUUAACACCCUGAUCUCUGAUUAGCUUUCUUGUAAAUGGAAUCAAUAUAUGUUUCCAGAUUUAAAGCGAAUAACAACUUGCACAGACUGACAAGGAAGUGAAACACCUUUUACGGGGCCUGGGUCAUUCAAGACAUGCUGUUUCGACAACAUUAAUCAACAAAUGAGCCUUACACAAUUCUUCCAGCCUGCGUACCUCAGCAACCUAGCCUAGUAAAAACAAUAAAACCUACAAGUGCAGAUAUAGGUCACAUUUUUUUUGGCAGGCUCUCAUUUUUUCCACAUUCCUUCAAAGGCAUGUUUGAGUUGGUUUCGGGAUUAAAGGACUCAUUUUGGGUAAGUUCAGUACCUGUCGGUGAUGGUUAAACGUAGAGGUGACGUAUACUCUCCACACAGAGUGGAGCAGAGCACAGUCACCACAUGGGAAACAUUCAAAAACUCAAAUGCUAUAUGUAUGACAAAUAUGACAAAUGCUCAUCUAAACAAGUCAUCUCAUCCACUUCAAACCUGCCAAAUUUGAAGUGGAUCAGAUCAAGUGUAGUCGAAGCAGGCAAAGAACCAACAAAAAGGCAGAUUUUUAAAAAUAUGUAUUAAAAAGCUGAGCAGAAAUUUGUAGUAAAAAUCUGUCUGUCUGUUCUUUGUUUCAGAAUAAGGACGUUAUCCUUCUGCCAUCCCAUUCUGCCUUAUCACGCAUUUCAUAACGCCCACGCAGGAUCUGUUUUUUUAAAGUCUAGCACAACCUGUCUUCCUCUCCCAGAGGGGAAAUCCCAACAAACGAGGGCUGUUACAGGGGAGUGGUUUGCUCCAACAACAAAUUAAAGUCAUCCAGAGCUUGAGCUUUCAGUUAUAUGCAGGUGUUCAGUAACAAAACACAGGUCUUCAUCCUGCAGAUGCGCAGAACUUGACAGACACACCUCAGUAACCCUGUGUAGGAGGAAACCAGUUGCGGGGCAUUUUGUGCUGCAGUUGUUCCUUGUUUCUGAUCCUGCGUUUACAAGCAGAAAGGUUGUGUGUGUGGAGGGAGCAGCAGAGAAAACUGACAGAGAACGCUAGCUGAGAAUCAGUGAAUGACUCCGUAAACAUGCUGGAUUCUAGAGGGAUUGAAAUCUCAGGAGGCCAGACUCUGCUGGCCUCUCACUUCGGCUCGAGUUUCAGAGGGUGCUCAUUCAUCGAUGUGAAGCCGCCACCGGUGAGAACUGUGAAGCAAAUGCUAAUGAUGAAACGUAAAAAUCUACAGAACUGCUCACAGGACAACUACAAUUUGGAGCAUAAACGCAUGUCUCCAAAAUACGAAACUUCUCCCACUGGUGUGAAUCAUCAUCAGUUAAGCCCUCCAGUGCCUGUCAGUCAAAAUACCACCACCCUGUUUCCAACUGCUGCUCCUGAAAAUGCUCCAAUGAAACAAGAGUUUCUCGUAAAUCAACAAAUGCAGCACAGCUUCGAGUAUCCACCCCUGCACAAACAAAGGACCCCGUCUCCUGAAGGCAGGAUGACCUUGUUUCAAUGGCAAAUACAGCAGGAGGCACGCAAAGUUGAAGGAAUUUCCCUAGAGCAGCUGUCCAUGCAGGACUCAGAUGGUGACACAUUCCUUCACAUAGCAGUAGCAAAAGGUCUGCGUGCUCUGGCUUACGUGCUCUCUGCAAAAAUGGCUGGAACUUGCUUUCUGGACAUUAAAGAACACAAUGGGCAGAGCCCUCUCCAGAUCGCGGCUACCACCAAUCAGUACUUAAUUCUCCAAGACCUCAUGGCUCACGGAGCUCAGGUCAACACGAGAGACUGCUGGGGCCGUGCUCCUUUGCAUGUGUGUGCUGAGAAAGGCCACUAUCUCACUCUGGGGGGCAUCUGGAAGGCCUUAAAAGGAAAUGGGGAACUGAUCGAUGUAGAAAUGUUCAGUUACGAUGGCUUGACUGCUCUUCAUUUGGCCGUCUUGUCUCACAACAAUGUUGUGAAGGAUCUGAGGAACCUGGAAAAUCCCUGCACAUUCAUGACCGCGGAGCUGGGGCAGCGAAAGCGCUUGUACUUUGAAUGUAUCAAGAUUCUGCUGAACAUGGGCGCCUCCUGUGGGACAAAGGAUCUGAAAAGUGGGCGGACUUCUCUCCAUAUGGCUUCUGAGGAGGCAAAUGUGGAGCUGCUGAAGAUUUUUCUUGACCAACCAACAAUGCUGUCCAUUGUAAAUGUUAAGACGUUCAGUGGAAACACGGCACUGCACAUCGUCAGCUCUCUGACCAAUCACAAAACUCAAGCCGAAGCGGUGAAGCUGCUUAUGAGAAAGGGAGCCGAUCCUGGGAUUAGGAACUUAGAAAAUGAGCUGCCGUCUCAGCUGGUACCUGAAGGUCCUGCUGGGGAAAAGGUAAGGGUGUCACUUCACAUACAUGCUGGAGGAAUUGCAGAUGGCACUGUUUACUGACUGAAAUCAAAAUCAAAUUUUUUUCCUGCAGGUGCGACAGAUCCUGAAAGGAAAACAUGUUAAUGCUUAAAUAAAGCUGAAGAACACUGUCAGUCAGACAGUUGAGUAUGAUAAAUAUGAUUUGCCAAACAAGGCAGAUGGUGGUUGUUUCAGUGAAACAUGUCGAGUUGUUCAUUACGGUGUAAUGCUUACAAAAAAAAAGAAAAAAAAUUGUACUUAUGUAAAAUUUUUGUUACUUUUAUCAAGUAGGGUCAGUGUGAUUAUUCUUUACAGGUUUUAAGAGUUUGGAAAGGAAUCUUGGGGUUGUUUUUUUUAAUUUUUGAAUAUUUUAGCACCAAGUGAAAUCCUUUUGUUAAUGCAGUGGAAAAUAUUUACCCAUCUCAUCAAGAGAUAGUACUUUGAAAGGUAUCAAAUGAUUUCUUUUUCCCCCCGGCAUAUUGGGCCAAAAUGUAACAACUGGUGCAUCCCUCAUCAAAUCUACACUUAAUUUUCUAAACUUAAAUCUUUGUAAGAGUUCUGAUCUUAAAUAUCUAGGUAAUGUUUUGAUAAUGAUAUGCAAAAUGUGGGAAAAAAAAAUCAUUGAACCAACUUUUUUCUAACUAUGCAAUUACACUGUGUUGUUUUUGUCUUCAUGACUGUGUGUUAUUGUAAAGGUAACUAUUGUGAUGUGUGAAUUGUCUUGUUUUACAUUUUUAGUUAAGCUUCAACUUUAUGGUUGUAAAUAGGAGGGGUGAUACAGAAUUCUGGGACUCUGCCUCAUAUACAUAUAAAAAAAAUCAAACAGGCAUGAUUUAAAUUUGGGCAAUCACCUGUUAAUGUCUUAUGUGCAUCUCCAACACAUUGUGGAAAACCUCCAACUCCAAUUUUGGAGAAAUGGACGAAGUCACCUGGAGGAAUAUUUGACUAAUAUGGUGCCGAAUCCCAGAAUUUUUACUACAAUUUCUAAUUUUCUAAACAUUUUUUUAAUGUUACUGCAUGUGAUUUGCAUUUUCUCAGUACUUAAAAGUAAUGAAGUACACAAAACAUUUUAGGAUUUGUUGCUGUUAAUGAUGAAAUGUCAGAAAUCAUGUACAGAGGGGAAGGUGGUGGUUACAAUCUGUCCAAGGACUGAUUUUCUUCAAACAAUGAUGUAAUCACUGUCAAAUAUAAAUAUAGAAAAAAAAAAAAAAACAAGCUGGACAACAAUAAAGUCUCUUAGUCUUGGCAAUUUGGCUCUAAGAUCCUCUUUGUCCUUCAAACUAGUUGACCCUGGAGUUUAAGCAUGCUUCGGCUGAAUUUAUUUCUUCUUCUUCUCCUGUGUGGUGGUGAACCACUGGUCCAGCAGCUUCUUACUAUAGUAGAUCUGCCAGCCGUGAACCUGCACGGCGAUGACGAUCACCAGGUACAUGACUGACACGGCGCUGAAGCCGAAAAUGAAACGGUAUGCUUUGCCGUGGCGAUAGAGCUGCUGAGCCACGGGGAACAUCUCCAUGCUGCCGUAGAUCAGUGGCGCCACGCAAAAGAGCCCGGCGCUGAUCAUGGAGAUGACCAGGUAGCUGAUGUUGUUACGGGGCAGUGCCAAGAAGCUGAAGACUGUGGGUAUUAUGCUCAGUAAGUAGGGGUACUCCCACUGGUAUGGAGAGGCCACCACCUUGUGGGACACCAGGUUCAGCUGGCUUACCGUCACCUGAGAAAGAAAUGAAAACACACUCAACUUUUACAGAACGUAAAACAUGCUUCUGCACAAGAAUGCUUACCUGAGCUGCCAUCAACACCCAGAUCAGCAGAUGGACAAUGUUGAGCUUACGGAUUUCAGACUUCAAGGAAACACUGUGAACAUAAAA